UUGGAGGGACUUGCGUUGGGCCUGCCGGAGCCCAAGGUGCUGCUCGGACAACUCGUGCUCGUCGCUCAGGGUGGGGGAGCAGGUCCUCUAAGGAGGAGUUUGAACGCGGAUCAGAUCCAGGAGGAGCUGCAGAGUCUGGGUCUGUCGAAGGAGAAGUCUCGCUGGCUUCCUAGCCAGUGGGAGGAGAGGAGGCCGCUGUUGGCGCGGGCGGCGCUGGGCCGCGCUCUCUCCAUCAACCAGCUCGUCGACCUGGAGUGGAAGUUCGGAGUGACCACGGGCAGCAGUGAGGUCACCGCACUGGGCAGCAUCUUCCUGCAGCUGAAACUCGUGCUGAGGAAAGGAACACAGCUUCAGAACGUCUACCUGGAGCUGACGCUGCCGCAGUUCUACAACUUCCUGCACGAGAUGGAGAGGGCGAAAGCGAGCCUUGACAGCUUCCUGUGAGAGGGGGCGGAGGGAGGGAGGGAGAGCGGGGGAGAGGGAGGGCGGGG